CACCAUGUCCUUCACCUACAAGGUAACUUGGCAUAGCGGCGAGUCUCUGGGCUUGUACAAACCAACCCUGUUUGUCUCUUUUGGUUACUUUAGGAAGCAGUUGAUAAGCUUAACUCUCUUCAAACCAACGCUUCGCUACUUGAUCAAUUGCGAAAAGCGGGUCCAUCAAUGAACGACCGCAGUCUACCAGAGUUCAGAGAGUAUCUCAAACGCAUAGGUUACGAGAGCAAAGAUUUUGAUUCGCUCAAUGUCAUUCAUGUGGCCGGUACCAAAGGCAAGGGCAGUACUUGCGCUUUUACCCAAUCUAUUUUACGGCAUGCAUCCUCGGAUCGGCCUAUUCGUACCGGUCUUUUCACUUCGCCUCAUUUGGUGGCAGUUCGCGAACGUAUUCGGAUCAAUGGCGAGCCUAUCAGUGAAGACCAGUUUGCCAAAUAUUCACAAGACGUGUGGGAUCGGUUAGAAGCUACCAAAGAAGAAGCAUUGGCCGAAAUGGAAGCAAAGGACAAGGAUAUGAAAGAUAUGGUAAAAUCUGGAAGACAGCAUCCUGAUAAACCCGUCUAUUUCCGAUACCUCACCUUGGUCGCCUUGCAUGCGUUUAUGCAGGAAAAUGUGGAUGUCGCUAUUUUGGAAGUCGGUGUAGGUGGUGAAUAUGAUUCUACCAAUAUCGUGGAGAAACCGAUUGUUUGUGGUAUCACUGCACUUGGUCUGGACCAUGUGAGCGUUUUGGGAGACACCAUUGAUAAAAUUGCAUGGCACAAAGCGGGAAUCAUCAAGCCUCAUGUUCCUGUGGUUUCUUUUGAGCAAUUGCCAGAAGCCAUUGAAGUGGUGAAACAACGCGCCCAAGAUAAUCAGGCACCUUUGGAAAUUAUUCAUGCAAGCCAGGUGAACCAAUUGGAUGGCAUAAAAUUAGGCCUGGCAGGCUUACAUCAAAAAUACAAUGCUUUAACGGCGAUUGCAAUGUGCAAAAUUUGGUUGGAACGGUGUCGACAAAUGUCUUUUUCACCCGAAGACGCGGUACCCGCGUCAUUCCAUAAAGGGUUAACAGAAGUCAAAUGGCCGGGACGCGGCCAACAGCUAGAUAUGAAGGAUACCAAAUAUGCUGCACAAGUAUCUUCACCGGUAAAGUGGUAUCUUGAUGGUGCACACACUAUUGAGAGUUUACAAGUCUGCGUCGACUGGUUCCGAGAAAACAUGCAGCAAGACAAAUCACGGGUGUUGGUCUUCAAUUGUACCAAUGGACGAGACGGUCCCCGGUUACUGAAAGUCAUGAAUGAUAUCCAACGUCAAAUGCCCUUCGACCACGUUGUCUUUACCACCAAUGUGACUUACCGUGAAGGCUAUACAACUGAUAAUACAAAUAAGACGGUCAGCAUGAAAGAUGCAUUAGCGAUGCAGCGCAUGCUGCGGGAAAGCUGGAUCGAACAAAACCCUUCGUUUAAUGCAGAUCAUGUCCAUGUGGCUAGUACCAUUCAAGAUGCUGUGGAGUGGGUGGUGGAUCACGCCAAAUCCGUCCAAAAAGAUGUCCAGGUGUUAACCACGGGCAGUUUGAUCCUUGUGGGUAACACGUUAACGGUGCUUGGCAUGCCAGCCCAGUAGAGAUAGUAAAAGAAAAAAGACUACACGCGUGAUAAAUAAACAUUCACGUAAAUAAACUUUAUUUAGAAGAAA